AUGUGGUCCUCGCCGCUCAUUUCGGGGACGAGCAUCGUCACAGCUCUCCUAGUGGUCCAACAUGCUUUCUCCCAGAGCAUACCAGGAGCACUGUUCCUGAACGGCAGCGGUUCACCUAAUGCCGCGCCAUACCAGCUAGUCGACAACUACGACCCCUCUACCUUUUUCGGCAAAUUCAACUUCUACAGUGGCUAUGACCCAGGCACCUAUGGACACGUCUAG